AUGCAAUCUCUUUUUGAAAUCAUCCCCGAAGAAAUUGAAACGCUAGCCUAUGCUGAUGAUAUCACCCUGAUCGCCACCUCUCCUUUUUCUCGAAUCGCUCGGAGGAAGCUUCAAACAGCUGUGGACAAAAUUGCCGCUUGGGCCCCUACAAUCGGCUUCACUUUUGCUCCGGAGAAGUCUAAUUUGCUGCACUUUGGUCCCCAUAGAAAAAGAUUGCGCAAAACUCCUCUUCUUAACCUGUGCAAUAAAACCAUUAAUCUAGUUCGCGCAUCCCGUAUUCUUGGGGUCUGGGUUGAUGACCAGCUCAAAUUCUCAAAUCACAUAAACCGAGUGCGUAAAACUGCCAAUCGAAAACUUAACAUCCUCAAGAAACUAUGCGGACGCAGCUUUUCAGGAUCGCGGGCAACUUUGUUCCUCUUCGUCCAUGGUUGGCUGUUGCCUACAAUGUUACAUGGUAUCGGAAUUUUCGGCCGUGGAUAUGAUUAUGCAAUAAGAAAACUAGCACCUGCCUACAACCAUGCGAUACGAAUGAUCAGCGGGGCAUUCAAAAGCUCUCCUAUACCGUCCCUCAUGUCGGAAAGCGGCCAAGUUCCCUUUGAGUACAUCCUUCUGAAAAGCCUAUCCGCAAAAACAGUACGAUGGUUGUCAUUUGCGCGAGACCCUGCAGUCCCAUUGAUUGCACGCACUGAAAUGCUACUUAAUGAAAUCCAAGCCACAAUUCCUCAUAUAUCUCCUCGUAACGAACCAAGACUGCUGAAAUGGAAUAGAAAAAUGCCCAGCGUUGACCUCAGUCUACUAUCAAAAGUAAAAGCAGGCGAAAAUCCUUCCAAAGUGUUACCCCUUUUUCGCCACCUCUCAAGGGAAAAAUAUGGAAACGUCCCCAAGUACUAUACGGACGGUUCAAAAACAUCCGACCAACGGGUAGGUUGUGGUAUCCACAGCGAAAAUCUGAACGUAUCAUUAUCCCUCCCCACUACCUGUUCGGUCUUCAGUUUAGAGGCAUAUGCUUUGUUAUCAACCGCCUUCAACUACUGCCCUCCAUCUGGCUCGGUUGUAUUCUCGGACUCUGCCAGCGUUUUGAAAGCUUCAUUUGGCGGAAACGUCAAACAUCCCUGGAUAGCCGAGCUAUCAGAAGUAGCUGUCCGAAAAAACAUCACUCUGUGUUGGGUCCCCGGGCACUCUAACAUUCCGGGCAACGAAAUAGCUGAUCAGCUCGCAAACGUCGGAACCCAAAUGGAUCCUCCCAACCAAGCAGUACCGUCUCCAGAUGCAAUCAAAUGGCUAAAACAGAAAAUCAAAUUAUCUUGGUCCCAUGAGUGGAACCACAUACACGACAAUAAACUCAGAGAGGUCAAAAAUUCUACUGAUACAUGGAAUGAUCGGAAAACCGUCAGCGAGAGACGCAUUUUAACCCGUCUUCGAAUAGGUCAUACCCGACUUACCCACGAGUACCUGAUGGAAAAGGAAGAUCCCCCUGUCUGUAUUGCCUGUAAAAUCCCGCUUAGCGUCAAACAUAUUAUCCUGAACUGUCCGCAGUACCAUCAAGCCCGAGUUGAAAGUGGGCUUGCAGAUAACCUUCGACAGGUUCUUUCCAACUGUCCCACUGGAGAAAAGAAGAUUUUGACCUUUCUCCAAAAAAGCAAAUUAAUAAGUCGCAUUUAG